AUUGAGUUGGCAACUACGGUGCAUUGAUACCAUAUUAUGAAAUUAUGAUUAUGGUGUGAUAAAUCAUUACAAAGUUUUAUUGUAAGUGAUAGUGGAGUAAAAAUUUAAUGCUAACAAUGUAACUUCAACAUUAUGGCAAAUAAUUCAGAAUUAUUUAUUUGCCUCAUAGUAUUAAGCUCAAUCGUAUUUUUAUAUAUUGUUAAUAGGAGUGUUCUUAAUACUGAAAUAGUUCAAAAUCCUCCAGAAGAAAUAAGUUGGAUAAUACAUGGUAUACGAAAUAUUUUAGGAUAUGCCACGAUAUUUCUACCAGGUUAUUUAGUCCUUAGGUAUGUACAAAAAACUAAUUAUAUAAAUAAAAGUGGCAGAGGAAUCAUUGGAGCUACAAUAAGAACUUGUUUUGGAGAAGAGGACAGUUUACCAGUGACUACCAGUUCUAAGACUUCGCCACAAGAAAGAACUUUACUUCAAGAUGGGCUUCUCCUUUUGUUUUACUUUUUUGGCUUACAGUUAUCAUAUUUGUUAUGGGGUGUUUUGCAAGAAAAAGUAAUGACUCAAGCUUAUGAGAGUUCUAAUUCAGACAUAGGAUACUUCAAAGAUUCGCAGUUUUUAGUAUUUGUAAAUAGAAUUUUAGCCUUUUUGGUUUCUGCUUGUAUUUUACUUUGUAAAAGACAGCCUAGACACAAAUGUCCAUUAUAUAAGUACGUAUUUUGUUCAUUUUCUAAUAUUAUGAGCUCAUGGUGUCAGUAUGAGGCGUUGAAAUAUGUAUCUUUUCCUCAUCAAGUUCUUGCUAAAGCGAGUAAAACAAUUCCUGUAAUGAUAAUGGGUAAAUUUAUGUCAAAAACUAAAUACGAAUAUUAUGAAUAUGUUACAGCUGUAAUUCUUUCAGUGGGCAUGCUAUUAUUUAUGAUAGAUACUGGGAAUGAUAGAUCAAAUUCUACAGUAACUACUUUUGCAGGUGUCAUAUUGCUCUGUUCCUAUAUAGUGUUCGAUAGCUUCACUGCUAAUUGGCAAGGGAGUUUAUUUAAAACAUAUGAGAUGAAACCUAUACAGAUGAUGUGUUUUGUUAACUUUUUCUCUAGCAUAUUUACAGCUGUUUCAUUAUUACAACAAGGAGGAUUUAUAGAUAGCCUUUCUUUUAUGAUAAAAUUUCCUAGUUUUACUUUAGACAUUGUUAUUUUAUCUUUAUGUAGUACAUGCGGUCAGUUAUUUAUUUAUAAUACAGUAUCUACAUUUGGACCUUUAGUUUUUGUGAUAAUAAGUACUAUAAGACAAGGUUUCUCAGUAUUAUUAAGCUGCAUUAUUUAUCAUCAUUAUGUGUCUCUAAUUGGUGCCAUUGGACUUAUUUUAGUAUUUUUAAGCAUUUUUCUUAGGAUCUACUGCAGCUACAGGCUUAAAUCCCAAAAAGAAUUACUUCAAAGUUCUAGUAUCUUAAAAAAUCAAACAAAAUUGUAAGUUUAUACUGAACAUGCUGUUCAUUCCCACUACGCUAUCAAAAUUAUACUGUUAAAACUUUCAGCCGGGUAUGAAUCAGUAAUUUGUGACUCCAAGGCUAUGAUUAUUACUUUUGAUGUAGUAGUAAACAGUGUGUUCAGUACGUGUUCAUUAAUGAUUAAUUAAUAAAAAAUAUCUUUUUAAUUGCUACAUAAAUUAAAGAUACAUAAUAUUACUUCUUUUGUUUUUUGAUGACUACUAUAUAUUUUCGAGAUGAAGACCUAAAUUUCUAUUUUGAUUUUAACCUAAAAAUUAUUACAAUUUGAAAUUAUCUAAAUUUUAAAACAUUGCACAAAUGUAAUCCAGACAGAGAUACAAUCUCUUGUGUGUAAUUUAAUUCACCCUCGGGGAACCAAUGGGAAUUAUGGUACAUGAUCCUAAUAGGAUCGUUGAUAUAGUUGAUCGAUUCUGGGUGUCCCUUAAGUUGAGGUAUCAAAUAUUCUCGGAUUGUUAUUAUCAAAUUUAAUUUCCAGUAAAUAACAAUCAAAACUUUUUCUUUCCAUUGAAUGAUAAUUGAAGGUACUUUGAAUAGACGUUUCAGCAGGCGUUAAUAACGAAGUAAACUGAUGAUUUUUUUAUGGGAAUACGCAAUUAAGUUGUUUGUAAUUGUAUAAUUAUAACCCUAUAUUUUAGUUUGGAUACAAGAUUAAUUAUUUGAACAGGAAUUUUGUUUAUAAUAGGUACAGUAUCAGCAAGAAAUUUUCUAACAAACUAAAAGGCGAAUUUUAAUUGAAAGGGAAGAUUGUUCGAAAUAUUAAUUUUCAUAUGUUAUUUUUCGAAUAAAACUGUUUUUUUUUAUGAACAUAUUGUUUGUUAAAAUUAUCUUUAUCUAUAUUGAUUUAUAUGGGGGGAUGUUGUUAGGUAAUAACAGGAUUAAGAUAAUAGGUACUGGAAGUUUUUUAUCUUGUUUUAAUUGUUUUCUCAGAAUUUUUCCAUUAGAUGCUUUAAAUUACAAUUAAAUUGUUAAGUAUGUAAGUCGAGACAAAGUGAUAUAGAGCUUAAAGAAAUUUUUAAACUGUCUUAUUUAUUUAUAUCCCGAUUAAUGAUCAAUACCAAGUUUAAAAAAAAUUAUUAUCAUUAUUUAUUUUUUUUUUUAAUAAAAAAAUGUUUUAUAAAAAGUUGCAAGAAAUGAAAUAUUUAGAAAAAAAACACUGCCGAACAAAAAAUUUAAGUAAUUUGAAACUAUUAUCACAAAGAUAUCCCUGACGGUGCGCUUCGGUAAGGCUCCAGGUGGAUAACGGCUACACAAAGAACGAGAACCUUAGAAGUCUUGCUUCAAAUGCACUUUUCCGAUUCUAAAUCAAUCUUAGUGUUCAAGUUCUAAUUCAUACGGACCACCACACGGUCAUAAAGAUAAUAAACUACUAAGGAGUAAUUUGGACUGUUAAGUUCUUUCCGGUCUACAAACCACCGGGUAGGGAUGACAUGCCUCUUCACCUGGUGAGGAUUUUUAGAUCCUGUCUGCUGAACAAUGGAAAGAGGUGAAAGUAUUAAUUCCAAAAUAUGGAAGGAACGAUUCAACACCAAUCCCAAAGCAUAUCGUUCCAUCAGCCUCACGAAUUUUCUACUGAAAACAAUGGAUCGGUAUUUGAAAGAAAACAUGAAUCUGGCUCUACACCACAUGGUGAAAAGGGUGGUAAGCAGUGGAAAGUUCGUUCCGCUGCCGAUCACAUGACAAGGGUCGUCCUGUAACUGGUAGGUUAAUGACAAACCGAAGAACUAAUGAUUAACCUAAAAAAACUCCUUUUAUAUAAAUAUGGGAUC